AUUACUCACCAGGACAGGUCAGUCUUUAAAUUACCAACACUGACUCUUGAAGAUUACCAAGGGUAAUUUCAGUUUUGAAUGCUCAUGACAGAGGACAUAAAGAAAAAGGAGGUUGAAAAUGGGUAAAAUCUUAAUAUGAAUCCGUCAUUGUUGCUGUGUGGCAUGGUGCUCUGUUUAGCCUGCUGUGUCACGGUACACACACACAUGCUUAUGGAGGAACAACACAACUCCAACCAAACAUCCAUCAGCUUCCAUAUGUUAAACCAAACAGAUGCACCUCCUGUCCUCAUAGUCGGCUUGUCAAAAACACCCAUGAAGAACAAGAAAUCGGAAAAGAAACCAAAAAAGAACAAAUUCAGCGCGCGUGAUAAGAAACCUCUGCCGCCGCCGCCGCCGAACUGUGUGCCGUUGUGGGGCAGCUGCAAGACGCCGAGCGCGGUGUGCUGUGAGCCGUGCGCCUUUUGUCACUGUCGCAUGUUCAAGACCGUCUGUUACUGUCGCAUGGGUUACCCGAGAUGCUGAAAACCCUCUGUCUCAUGGAGGAUCAUUUGGAGUUCCAAAUGUUAAAGGCUUCCUUUUAAACCCCUGUGGGAUUAUCCAUGCAUAAACGCCACGGUCCGAUUAUUCGGAUAUUUCCUGGCCAGACAUUCUGACAGCUCGUCAGAAGCGAUUGGAGAUAGUGAGGAGCGACUUUGGUGCACAAAAACACAUUUGAACUGCUUAUAAAUGUAUUUUAAAAAUGUCAGACAUUUUAUAACAGUUUAUAAAUCAUUGUCUAAAGACAUGAGAGCAUAUAGCAUAUAAGAGCCUCAGAUCGUAAACAAACUUGUCCCGAGAGUUUGAUAAAGUUUUUCAAUCAGCCGUUAACUCUGUCGACGGUCUUGUUGUGAGACACAAGCCGAACAGGAAAACUAUGUCAAUGGGAAUAGUAAUGUUUGAUCGAACACAUUUCUGUGUUAUAAACACUUUGCUUAUACAAAGUGACAACCUGACUCAGUCUAACAUUUACACCCUUAAUAUAUUCAUUUAAAAUCUGCCUUUAUAAUUUGGUUGAACCAGGGUUAAAAUGUAUGUCUAAAUGUGUGUUCAUUGUCUAUACUUGUUUACCAAGAGCUAUUACAAAAAUAUGAUAAUAUUGUCAUUUAAGUUUGGAGAAUAAAAUAUUAAACACAAAAUUAUUUGAAUGCAGUUUUGAACUAAGGGUUUCAAAAUAACAUACAAAAAGCACUUUUAGGGAAAGCAAACAUUUAUUGAAUUUUGACAAAAAAUUCUGUAGUUAAGAUAUAGCUCUUUCAACUACUACUUCAAUUGACAGCCCUGGUCUCCCUAUAAAUAUACAAUGUGUGUGUAU